AUGAUCUUAACCGAGUCGUGGACCCUGCCUAGCCUGGCGGGAGCUGUGCUUUCGCCAGCUUCCGUCGGUUUUUUGGCGGCGGUUUGGCUCGGGUAUAAGAUCCUUGUGAUGCUAUACAACAUUUCGCCGCUGCACCCGCUGUACCGCUUCCCCGGCCCCAAGCUCGCGGCAGCAACGUGCGCGUACGAAGCCUAUUACGACUGGCGGCUGGUGGGCCGCUACAGCAAGGCCGUCAAGCAGAUGCACGAGCGCUACGGACCCCUGGUCAGGAUCGGCCCGGGCGAGCUGCACUGCUGCGACUCGGCCUUUACCGACGAGAUCUACGCGGGCUCGGGGAGGAUCAGAGACUGUACUCAACGCUGCAAGUCUCAGUAUCCUGGCGGUUUGCUGGCAGGCAGAUAUGAAGUCAGAGUAAUAGCCUCCCUCCGUCCCCUUCUCGCAGAUGUUGACGCCGUCGCGCCCGGCAACGCGGCCGUCGCGAGCUUCGCGGCAACCCCGCACGAGCUCCACCGCGCGCGCCGGUCGCCCAUGAGCCGCUUCUUCAGCCGCUCGCAGAUACUGAAGCUGGAGAGCGAGGUGCUCGACUUUGCGCAGCUGGCGGUCGACAAGAUGCUCCGGUCCGCCGGGGGCGAGCCGUUAAAUCUCGGCAGCGCGUUUCAGUGCUUCACGGGGCGACAUAAUCUCCAACCACUGCUUUGGCGAGCCCAUGGGAUUCGUAGCGCAGGAGGGGUGGGAGCCCAACAUUGCAAUCUGGACGCAGUCCCAUCAGAAGCUCACAUGAGGCACAAAUUCCUGCUACGCAAGGCAUCAGAGUACCUACCGAUGCUGGCCAAGUACGUAAGCGAAGACACCCGGAACCUGCUGCACCACAUGGACGUUGUGAUCCCCGGCUACAUCCGCGCCGCCGUCGCGGACCCGACCAACAACCGCCUCUUCGCCGAGCUGGCCCGCGGCAAGACGCAGGCGCCCGAGAAGUCCAAGGCCGCGGCGGCGGGCCAGCGCCUCAGCGCCGAGGGGUUCGCCCUCCUGAUCGCAGGCACCGAGACCACGGCGGCCACCCUGACCGUCAUCUCCUACCACGUGCUGGCCAACCCGCACAUCCUGGCGCGCCUGCAGCAGGACCUCGAGGACAUGGCGCCCGAGACGCUCAAGUGGGUCGAGCUCGAGAAGCGGCCGUACCUGUGGGCCGUGGUGCACGAGGGCCUGCGCAUGAUGCCCGGGGUGGCGCCGCGGUCCGCGCGCAUCGCCCGCGACGAGGACCUCGUGUACAAGAGCCGCGACGGCGGCGGCGCCGACUGGGUCAUCCCACGCGGCACCCCCGUGAGCAUGACGCCGUGGAUCAACCACUGGGACGAGGACCUGUACCCGGACCCGGACGGCUUCAGGCCGGACCGGUGGCUGCUCGACGACGGCGGGGCGGGGUGA